AUGAAAUGGAUCCGUCAAGAAGGACUGGAGAGAUAAGUUGAGCUGGGUCUGGCCCGAACAAAGUCUCUUUCCUCUCUUCUCUUUUGGCAGAUUUUCACCAGCAAAAUCUUUGCAACACUUCUGCUCUGCUUGGAAGCCUGCCUCGACGGGGAGUACGAAAUUAACAGGGAAUGUUGUCCUAUGUGUGGCCCAGGAUACAGAGUCUCCAAACACUGCACCUCUUCUUCCAGUACAAGCUGCCUCCCUUGUACGCAGGGGACAUACACAGAUCAUCCACAUGGUCUGACACAUUGCUUUUCAUGUCGAACCUGCGAUUCAGGAUCCAACUUGACUAUUAAAGAAAGAUGCACCUAUACCAAGAACGCAGUGUGUGCAUGUGCUUCAGGUUAUUACUGCACACAUCUUACUUCUGAAGACUGUGACUCAUGUCAAAAGCACACCGUCGCCCAACCCGGUUAUAUGGUGACACAGGCUGGCACAGAAACUACCGAUACCCAGUAUGCGCCCUGCCCGCCUGGCACCUUUUCAACAGAAGCAAUGUCCUUCUCUUGCAAAUCGUGGACCAACUGCAGUGAAUCAGGAGAAACAGAAGAAAAAGCAGGAACCACAACUUCCGAUGCCGUUUGCAAAAAAACACACACAGAUGGCAACAAAGACAGCCACGGUCCCACAAUAAUAAUUGUAAUCUCUAGCCUCUUCGGUGUAUCGCUUGUUGCCACAGUAGUAUACUUCUUCUGGAGAAAAAAGAGGAAGCCCAAAAGAACAGUUGCUGCUAAGCAAGAGGAAGAUUGCUACUACCGUGUCCCGGAGUCCGAGACCAAUAUGGUGGAGCCUGUCGAGGAAACAACUCAAAACUGCAGCAAGCCGGCAUACCAAGCUGUUUGA